AUUUCUGAAGUCCUGUCGGUGUUUAGAUGCGAUCAAACGGAUAUCACAGCACGUAAAGCUAGCCCUUCACCUUCGUUGACCAUCUAUUCCAAGAUGGCUGCUUCCCCGUUGCCACGAGCAGCAGAACAAAUAUUUCUUGACGAAACCGGUUUGGUUUCGUCACAAAUUAUCUUACGUCAUAGAUCAAUAAAAGUCUUAACUUCAUUGGCUAUCAAAAUAUACAAUACACCAAUCAGAUUUUCUAAUCUAUUGAUGAAGAGGCAGAGAAGCGUGGUUGCCAAGCCCCAAGAGCCCGAAGGGACAGUUUUGUUUUUGGUCUCGCAUGCGUCCUUUACCAAAUCUGACCUGAAUUCUUAGCCUAUUUCCUUGUUUUGUGGGAUGGGUUCUACCUCUCAGCAAAGCGGUGUGGUAGUAUGGGAGUGGGAAGAAAGACAUGGUCUCUGGAUUCCUUACCAAGCGGAUGUUGUUGAGUACUUAGAAAAGAAGUACUCAAUGCUUGAGCAAGGGAAAUCCAGUAAGUCCACCGUAAGCUUCAAAGGGAAACACUUCCAUGGUUUACAUUGCUAUGAAGUUGAUCUAAAUAAAAUGGAACAACAGAGAAUGGAAACUGGGACAUUACGAAAGGUCAGGAGAUCUGUUUAUUCAAGCAACUCAUUACCAGGAUAUGGAAUAAGAUGGGAGUGGCAUAAUGAUAUCACUUGGGCGGCAUAUGACAUUCCAACAUCAGAAGCAAUUGAAAAAGCAUACAAGUCUAAUAUGCCAAGGUUGGAUUUGUCAAGCUCACCUGUUGCAAUUCCAAACUAUGUGGAUUUUCAAGGACAUGUAAUAAAACAGAUCAAUAUUCAUACACAUUUUGAAAGGUAUGUGCAGAGAUUAACACACCAGAAGUAUCCAAAGGAUACCUUGACCUUGAAAACUACUGGUGCAUCCUCUAACAUUAGAGAAAAGACAUCAACCUUGAAAAGUACUGGUGCAUCCUCCAACAGCAGAGGAAAUACCUUGACCUCUGUGAAUGGUCGUUUGGCCUCUAAGCAUACCACACCUUCCAAACCCACUGUUACUAGGCAAAGUUCAAAAACCAGUAGUACUGUAAAGAGAAUAAAGAAGAUGAAGGUUCAAGAUUCUCAAGAUGUUGGUGCAACAGCUGCUGAUCCCCUUUCUGAAUUCUGUAAUGAUGUAGAAACAGCUCCAGAUGAGGACUGUGCUAUUUGUUUUGAAAAGCUCUGCAAUAUCUCCUCAUUUGACGAUGAAACUGAAGACAGUGGGAAAGCACAAUCUCCGAAUAUCAAAGAGUUGAACCAGUGCAAACAUGUGUUUCAUGCCUCUUGUCUUCAAGCAAUGUAUGAUAGUGGAGCCAAAGAUGGAAGUCUGCAGUGCCCAACUUGUAAAGCAAUUCAUGGUAUUAAACAUGGUAAUCAGCCCAAAGAUGGCACUAUGGAUAUCACUCGCUCACCCAGAAGCCUUCCAGGCCAUGCAGACUGUGGAAUGAUCACAAUUGUAUAUGACUUCCACAGUGGAAUACAGGGACCGGAACAUCCUAAUCCAGGGAAAAGGUACAGUGCCAGAGGAUUCCCAAGGUCAUGUUACCUGCCAGAUAAUGAGAAGGGAAGAAAGGUGUUGAAGCUCUUGAAAAAAGCUUGGAAAAGAAGAUUAACUUUUACCAUUGGUACAUCCUCAACAACUGGAGAAGAUGGUACAGUUGUCUGGAAUGAAAUCCACCACAAAACAGAACCAUUUUCAAACCACAUGGGACAUGGCUUUCCUGACCCAAACUAUCUGGACAAUGUUCUUGCAGAGCUGGCAGCACAGGGUGUUGAAGAUGAUCCAGAAGUCACUGUAAUAUAAUACAAAGUAACAUACUGUCAAUCAAAUUGUGUAUAUAGUCUUGUCAAACUUUGAUUUUCCUAAUGCAAACAAAUAACUGGUGUUAGAAAAAUAGCUGUGUUUUGGUUAUGAAUCAUGGUUUAUGCAGAUCAUGAGAAAGUUGUGAAAAUUUCAAGUGUGCAUCGUAGAAAGUUUUAAGAUUAUUUUUAAACCAACUUGUCAAUCAUUGGUUGUAGAAAAUGUCAAAACAACAUUGUAUGAAAAGUCAUGAAAAUGCUGUUAUAGCUUUGGUAAAUGAUAUGUUAACUGAUUUUUGUAACUGAACUUGACUAGCAAUUUUGUUGGAGGUAUUGAUGAGAUGGGAAGCACACAAUGUAUCAUGGAAUCAAACAGUUUGAAAGACCUUAAGAAAUAGUUUAGUGAAGAGGAUUAAAAAAAAAAACCCAAUGAUUUCCUAAAAAAAUUAAUUGUGAAGCAAAUUACUAGCAGGCAAUAAGAAAAAGUAUCAAGUGUGUAAUAAAAAUGAAAUAAAAGUAUGUCUAAAAUACAUUUUACCAGUGAAAAAUAAAUACUGGUAAAUCAAUCUUGAUCAGAACUGGGUCCCAUACUUGUUUAUCGACUGGUCAUGACAACAGAUUUAACCUUCACUUUUUCAGUAUUUUCUGUAAAUGACUCAGUCAAGCUAUAGCAUCUGAAUAAUUUAUUUGAAGUAGAAAAUAAUAACUCUUUGGAAAAAGGUAACAGAUUACUAACUAAUUAAAAUAAACACAUGGUCAAGUUUUUU